AUACCUGUACCAAGCACAAACGUCAAACUAAGCUUAUUGUUUUGUGACAUGGCUGUGUUUGUUUUUGUUAUGUAAUUAUGUGGCACUGAAAUAAAAAUAUUACGUUAGAUAUAGCAACAACUUUAACUGACGUCUUUAUAAUUUUCUAAUUAACAAUUAUUAAUUAUUAGUAAGUUAUCAUUUAGUCGUCUCUUCACAUAACUUAGCCUAUAGGUAAGCACCACAAUCAUUUUGAUGGGCUCCUUUGUUCAACUCUGGAUUCAAAUGACGUAAGUUAAGUAUAUGAUCAAGUUUCUUUAAAACUUCUUGCUACCCCUUUUGAAAGUUCAGCAGCAUAUCCUUAAUAAUGGACACAGCCACAAAUACUAGACCACUCCUACAACAAAGUGAAACUGACAGUGAUUUUGAAGAUGAUUUACAAAUUGACAGAUCCCCAGAUAAUUUUGAAGACGAGGUUGUGGUUCUAGCCAAAGACACCAAACCAAUUUUUAAAGCAAGAGAACCAAGUGACAGGUUCAAUCUGGCCUACAUAAUAUUUUACUUUCUCGGGACCACAGUUCUACUUCCAUGGUUUUUCUUCAUCACUGCAGCCGAGUAUUGGAAGUACAAGUUUCGGCCUAUCUCAAACAAUCUUACAUCGAUCAUCGGUACGGACCUCAACAUAGACUUAGAAGCUUCAUUUACUCCCUACAUCAGUAUUGCUUCCACUGUACCAAGUACUGUGUUCUUAGUCAUCAAUCCCAUGUGUAGCCAUAAGAUACCUUUAUGCAUUCGGAUGGUGGGAUCCCUAGCCCUCAUGUUGAUUUUAUUCAUUGUGACGACGGUGUUUGUUGAAAUAAACACUGAUGCAUGGCAAGACAAGUUCUUCCUGAUGACCAUGGGAAUUGUUGUACUUCUAAAUAUUGCAAGUGCAGUGCUUCAGAGCGGACUGUUUGGUGUGGUUGGAAGGUUCCCGUCCCGCUACAUUACAGCUGUAGUCUCUGGCCAGGCACUGGGUGGUGUGGUGGCAGCAUUGGCCAACAUCGUUGCAUUGUGGGUAGGCGCAUCAGCUGUCCGCAGUGCUCUUGUGUACUUCGUAAUGGCUGAUGUCUUUAUCUUCUUCGCCAUGCUGGCUUACGUUCUGCUCAGUAGGACUAUGUUUUUCAAGUACUACAUGAUGGAAGCAGUUGAAUACGCUCCUGUCAAUCAACCACCAAUCGUCCGCAAUAUAUCGUACACUGGCAUACUGAAAAAGAUCUGGGUCCACGGGUUCUCUGUGUUUUUCUGUUUUGUGGUCUCUCUGUCCAUGUACCCUGCCAUCACAACUCUUGUAUCUUCAGAGAAAAAAGGAAACAACAGUGCUUGGAAUGAUGUAUACUUUGUUCCUGUGGUGGCUUACCUGAUUAUGAGUGUGAUGGACUACUUUGGAAGAAUCUUCGCUGGACUAUUGCAAUUGCCACAGAAGCGAGCCUGGGUGGUUGGUAUGCUGAGUCUGCUGAGGGUUGUUUUCUUCCCUCUUCUGCUGCUCUGUAACGCUCAGCCCAGACACCAUCUACCUGUGCUGAUACACUCGGACAUCCUCUAUAUCCUCAUCGUGGUCAUGUUCGGCUUCACCAAUGGAUAUCUGGCCAACAUUACCAUGAUCUGUGUGCCCAAAAUUGUAGAGCUACAUGAGCAAGAGGUAGCGUCGUCCAUGAUGGCUGCUUUUCUUGGAGUUGGACUGGCUUGCGGCUCCUUCCUCAGUCUUUUGAUGGUCAACAUUAUAUAAGGAAACCCAGUAACCAUAUAUGGAUCUCUAACAAUGAUUAUAUGUGAUAUUUUAUUUUAUAAGACACUGAUUUAUUUUUAUAUGUGAGUAUUGUAUUAUUUGCAUGCUUUUUUUGCCAGUGACAUACCUAGGGGUAUAAGAGAGCAGGUUUGUUUUCUAAAAGGGAUAAGAGAGGGUGAACAAUUUGUUUUCAUUGCCAAGGACAAAUUUAGUUGAAAAGAUACAUUUACAUUUUAUGUUAGUGUAGAGUAAUAAGCUAUUUGUUUUCCUAUGCUACUUUUUGGCCCAUACCACAAUAGCAUUGGGUAUUUGGUUAGUUAGUUGUUAUGUUGAAAAAUUAUCCUGAUUUGAAAUUAGUGUUGAUUAAAAACUCCAACACUGCAUCAUUUGAAGUAGGGGAUAAAGGAGUUCAGCUUUAAGUACACCUUGAGAAACUAAACCCUUAGGCAUGACUUAUCAUAGCUAGUUGUAUUUUUUAACACUUAUCAAUGUUUUUAUUCCUAGACGUUUAUUCAUUGUAACAUUAAUAAAAUAUAGUACAACUCCGCCAAUCCUAAGGCCGAACUACUAACCUUGUCCGAAAUAGUGUAAAGAUCGGAUUUGAGGAUCAGCAUGAUCAGGAUUUUGCCACAAACGGAGAAGACAAUGACGAUGUUCCCGCAAGUUCGGGAGAUGUUCAUUGUUUUGCCACAAUCACCAAAGACGAUGAUGUUUUCCAUGACCACGGGAUUUGUUUAGGAUUUUUUUCCACAACGAUGGUAAUGUUCCCUUGCCAGCGGGAGGUGUUCAUUAUAUUGCACAAUCAGGGUAUAUGAUGACAAUGUUUCUGUUACCACAGGAAAUAUCCUAGAUUAAGUAGGAAUCUCAGAGGAUGACGAUAUCGUUACCUUGAUCACAGAAAACACUGAUGUUUCCUUUACCACCGAAUAUAUUCAGGUUUUUACUGCCACGGGGGGUAAACAAGAUUUUUCCACGAUUGUGUGAGGCGGUGGUAUGACUACAUGAAAUGGUCAUGAUAUCACUAAGAUAACAUUGUCAAUGAUGGCACUGUAGGAUAAAGUGAGGUGUCGGACUAGCUGAGAUCGGAUUAGCGGGGUUCUACUGUAGUAUGUUAUAUCUGCUGUAUUUAGCUUAUAUUUUAGACUUUAUGUAAAUGUUUAAUUUAUGCUUAGUGUCAAAACAAAGAGUAUGAAGAUGCAGGUAAGUGAGUCAAAAUUUUGCUAUCUGAAAUGCAUUACUUAUUUUUAAAAAUGCAGGGAAGUUAGUAUUAUUUUUCUAGAAGUAUAUAAUUUAAUAUUGUUUGGUAACGUGUUUGAAACACAUUUGACAAUUUGAAUGUUUUACUGAAGACCCUGGUUUUGUUUCUUUAUUACACUAUGAGCAUUAUGUUUCAAUAUUUGAUGUAUUUUUUACUUUACUGGAAUUACUGGACUGCCACAUAAAUAUAAACUAAAAAUAAAUAAAUCUAACAUUCCACCUUUACAUCGACCAUAAAAAGCACUGCCAACCAACCAUUAUGUUGGGUUUAUGCAAUUAUUUUUUCUUUGAAACUUUGUUGUUUUAAGUAUGUGACCUUUGACUAUAACGGAAUCCAAAAGUCAAAGAUAUGACUCAUUCUGACUUUGAUUUUAACAGUAUUUAGCGCACAUAUUAUACAAGAGUAUUUAAUCAAAAUACAAGUCAUUUAAUAUUUGCUACUGGUCUAGACAUGUUUCUUUUGUAAAUUAUUAUAAUUAUUUUAGCUUUAAGUUAUUUAGGUUGUGAUAUUGCCCAAGAACGUUAACUUUAAAGUUAUGCAACUGUGAAAAAGUGAACAGCUGAUGGCCAUGAAAUGCCUUGGAAUGUCUCAAAGAGCAUUGCUUGUGUGUACCUUGACUGUUAUUUACUUGUAUUAAAUGUUUAUCGUUUAUUAUAUAAUUAUAUGGAUAAUAUACAUGAAUGUUGAAAA